GGAAGCAGUAACAAGGAAGCUGUCCGUAUAUACGCUUAGCUAAUACCUAUAGGUGAUUGUAUAUAAUAUUGGUAUACAUUUAGGUGAUUGUAUAUAUAUAUAGUAUUGCUAUACAUUUGGGUGAUUGUAUAUAGUAUUGCUAUACUUUUGGGUGAAUAUAGUAUAUACAUCUAACGGGCAUCAUGAGUUUGGUAUAUGACGAGUAUGGCCGCCCUUUCAUCAUCAUCCGUGAUCAGGAGCAGAAGAAGCGCUUGACGGGGUUGGAUGCACAAAAGUCACAUAUCAUGGCCGCUCGAAGUGUGGCUGGUAUCCUGCGCACGUCAUUGGGUCCUAAAGGCUUGGACAAGAUGAUGGUCAGCUCAGAUGGAGAUGUGACGGUUACAAACGAUGGGGCUACCAUCCUGAAGAAAAUGGACGUAAAUAACCAAAUUGCGAAACUACUGGUGCAACUGUCGACAUCACAAGACGACGAGAUUGGCGACGGGACGACGGGGGUGGUGGUGCUGGCUGGAGCACUGUUAGAACAAGCAGAGUCUCUUCUGGACAGAGGAAUACACCCAAUCCGUGUGGCUGAUGGGUACGAAAUGGCGGCGAAGAUUGUGAGUGAUCACCUAGAUAGCAUCUCAGAUACAAUUAAGAUAGAUGCAGCGGAGAAGGAACCGUUAGUAAGUGUUGCCAUGACGACGCUGGGAUCUAAGAUCGUCAACAAAUGCCAUAGACAGAUCGCCGAGAUCGCGGUAGACGCGGUGUUGUCGGUCGCGGAUUUAGAACGAAAGGACGUAGACUUUGAACUAAUCAAGCUGGACGGGAAGACGAGCGGCAAGAUGGAGGACACACAGCUGGUACAUGGUGUUGUAAUCGACAAGGACUUCUCACACCCCCAGAUGCCCAAGGAAGUGCGUGAUGCCAAGAUCGCCAUCCUGACCUGCCCCUUCGAGCCUCCUAAGCCCAAGACAAAGAACACGCUCACAGUGUCGUCUGCCGCAGAUUACAAAGCGCUGCAAGAGUACGAACGCGAGAAGUUCGAGGAGAUGAUCAACGACUGUAAGAAGGCUGGUGCGAAUUUAGUUAUAUGCCAGUGGGGCUUCGAUGACGAAGCUAACCAUUUGCUGCUGCAGAAUAAGCUACCCGCUGUGCGCUGGGUGGGAGGACCUGAAAUCGAAUUAAUUGCCAUCGCCACCGGGGGGCGCAUCGUGCCGCGCUUCAGCGAACUCACAGCCGAGAAGCUGGGGUCAGCGGGGCAUGUGCGGGAGAUGGUCUUCGGAACAUCCAAGGAGCGUAUGCUGGUGAUUGAGGAGUGUGCCAACUCGCGGGCCGUAACCAUCUUCGUACGCGGUGGUAACAAGAUGGUGAUCGAGGAGGCGAAGAGAAGUAUCCACGAUGCCUUGUGUGUGGUGCGCAAUCUGGUCAAGGACAAUCGUAUUGUCUAUGGCGGCGGUUCUGCGGAGCUUUCCUGUGCACUCAAGCUCCAGGAGGAGGCUGACAAGAUCUCGAAUGUAGAGCAGUACGCGUUACGCGCCUUCGGAGACGCGUUAGAGGCUAUUCCUAUCGCGUUGGCGGAUAAUUCUGGUCUUGCUGCAAUUGGGCUUAUUGCGGACAUCAAAUCCCAACAAGUGGCUCAGAAUAAUCCUCGUCUGGGAGUGGACUGUAUGCAGAACGGCAGUUACGAUAUGAAGAAGCACAACGUAGUAGAGACCUUGAUCGGUAAGAAGCAACAGAUUAUGCUUGCUGCGCAGCUGGUGAAGAUGAUUCUCAAAAUCGACGACGUGGUGGUCCCCGAACGAAAUGCUGGUUUCAUUUAAAUAUAAAUAUUGUCACUAAAUUUUAAAUAUACCUGCCAGAGUACUAUACACUGUUUCGACACUAGGCUAAGCCAAUGUGGGUUGAUCGUGAUUCGAUAGUAUAAGACACUUACCUCGAAAGAUGGCUAUACCUUCUUCAAUAGGAAUUCAACUGUGAUGGCUUUGGAUUGUAGUCGAUGUAUGUUUCUCAGGUUGGGCUUGAGUACUAUAUCUAUCUUUGUACCAAUCCGGAUGUGCAUGGGAACUUAAAGAUUUAACCGGCGCGUCUGGAGCUUGCUAUCUGCAUAUACUGUGAUAGCUCUGUACUGCUAUUGGUCGUGUCAUCAUUAAAAUACUGUGAU